UGAAACCCGGAAGCGGAUGUGGGUGUGUCGCUAAAAUGAUCGCCUCCAACCGGCAGGAUAUCAGCUUGUUAGCAGGUGGAUAUUAGCAGUUUAGGAGUUGAGUUCUGGUAUAAAAUGCAGAGAGUUGGAGCCCAUGCGGAGCUGCGGACUUUAGCGGAGUGUCAGUACAGUUAUCCAGUAGAGACUCUGUCUGAUCUUCAGAGGGUUCGCUCACUGUUUUCUGAUCUUCGCCUCUAUGUGGAUUUUUACUGUUUUCCCAACAAAGAGAGGAAGAAGCUGGUUUACCUGGCUGGGACUGUUCCUGUUCAGUUUGAAGGAAGUGAGUAUAAUAUCCCAGUGUGCAUCUGGCUUCAUGAGACCCACCCAGUGUCCCGUCCCCGCUGUUAUGUCUGUCCCUCUGUCUCCAUGGUGAUCAACCCAUCAUGUCCCUGUGUGGACGCCUCUGGCAACAUCAGUUUGGAGGGAUUGAACAAUUGGACUCAUGGUGUGUCCAACCUUUCAUUGCUUGUGUCAGAGAUGAGGCGGGCCUUCCAGAAGGACACGCCCCUUUAUGCCAGGUCUGCUGUUCAAGCUCCGCCCCCCGAAGCUGUACAGGUUUCACCAUCAGCUGGAAGCAUCCAGCAUCCCACCUCCACCUCCCACCCCUCCCCGCCCAUCACCUCCUCCCGCCUGUCUGAAGGGACAGCCAGCCAAUGGGCGCAGAGCAGCGAGGUGCGGAUGGGGAGGUCAUACACUGAGGAACUGCUGGGGAUUGACUUCAGUGCUCCUCCUCCUUCAUCUUCCUUCUCCAACAACCCGUUCCUGAGCUCCUCCUCCUCAGGCGUUUCCCCUGCAGAUCCUCUCAGCAAGAUGAUGGGAGCUCUGAGGCUGGACAGAGAGUUCAGCAGAGACCAGCAGAGUGAAUCACCUGUACGAAUGGUCCAGUCAGAUCCAGCCAGGGAUAAAAACACAGGUUCUGUGGUUCUGGUUCCAGACUCUGGACCAGCAGCUAGACCUCAGCGAGACCUCUGUACUGAGAGACUACAGUCACAAGCAACAGCUGGAGUGGACCACAUCAAGAUGGCGACUCGCCUUCCUCCAGACCGGGCCCCCAUCUUCCUGUCUUUGAUGUCCAUGGAGGGACGGAGCUUCAUAGCCAGUGAUGUCAUGGAAGCUGUCCAACUCAACAAAGAUUUCCCAUCAGCCCUCAAGUUUCUGACCCACAGCUGCCCCAUCUGUCAGGAGCAGGUGUCCUUCACUAAGAUCAUCACCAUGACUCACUGCUCCUGUUUCUUGUGUCAGACGUGUUUCAAGACGUUUUUCUCGUCUGCCAUUAAAGAGAAGAGCAUCGACCAGCUGGUUUGUCCUCAAUGUGGCAGACCUGAGAUUAGAGGUCAGAGAGGGAUGGAGGAGUCCAUGGACUACUUCAACCUGCUGGACACACAGAUUCGUCACUUCCUGCCUCUUCAGAUCCAUGAACUCUUCCAGAGGAAACUCAGAGACAGGGCCCUGCAGGAGAUGCCAAACUUCCGCUGGUGUGCUCAUUGUUCAUUCGGGAUGCUUCAUGAAGCAGACAGGUUGAGAAUGGACUGUCCCAGCUGUAAAAAGAGCACCUGCUGUCAGUGCAGGUCACCUUGGUCUCCCCAGCAUCAGGGAGUCUCCUGUCAGGAGUUCAGAAGGUGGCAGCAGCAGAACCAGCCAGACCACCAGGACACUACCCUGCUCAGCGGCAACAGCAUCGAGUGUCCAAACUGUCAGUUUGUCUUCAGUCUGUCUAAAGGAGGCUGUCUUCACUUCACCUGCACUCAGUGUCAGCAUCAGUUCUGUGGAGGCUGCAGCCAGCCCUUCAGUCCUGGAUCUGCCUGCGAUUUCUCUGCCGACUGUGGAGCCAAAGGUCUUCAUGCCCACCACCCCAGAGACUGCAUUUACCACCUGAGAGACUGGAGCGUGGCCCGCCUACACCUGCUUCUGCAGUAUUACCGACUGUCUCCUACCUGGUUGGAACCAGCCAGUGACAGCUCACCUGACACCGGAAAAACAUACUGUUUGGUUCUGGAGCUGAAAGACGACUGCAGCAGACUGGAGGAGCCCUGUGGACGGCCUGCACAGCCUGAAUAUGGAGGUUACUGCCAGGUGCACUAUAAGGAGCGUCUGGUGGAGCUGAUUAACCGCUGCUGUGGUGACCCUGCAGUCCUCUUCAGUCCAGCAGAGAUGAAGACGGAGCUGCAGCGAUGGAACAUCGCCGUGCCCACCAGGAAACCAGAUGAACCAGAGGUCCUGUACGCACACCGCCUUCGCAUGACUCUGACCAAUAGCGUUCCUCUGAAGAAGCAGCGACGCUUUCUCCUUAAACUCAACAAUGACCUCUGCCCUCUGCCCUCUGCUGUGGUGUGUGAAGCUCCGCCCCCUCACCUGUUGCUGACUGACUCCACCUAUUGACGUGCAGACAAUGAGAAGCAACCUUCUGUGACACCAUAGUAACCACUAACUUUGAUUUCAAAGGGGAAGUUUUGGAGAUAGUGUCCUUCUGACCACACCCACCAUCUGUGAUGUCACAGCAGGUGUCACAACACUGAUGUGACAUCAGAGGGGGUGUGGUGAGCAUUCAUGCCAAACUGAAGGAAAACUGAGUCCUCACCUGUCUUAGUCCCAAUGACAUCAUGAGUGACAUCACGAAACAGCUGCCAUCUGAUUGGCUCAUUAGUUGCCAUGGAAACUCAACCAGAGAAACAUACCAAUUUAUUAGAAGAAUAAAAAAAAUGGAUUGAGCAGCCAAUGC